UCCACAGACAAUGAUGACAGACCCAGUGAGGAUGAUGAGGAUGAUGCUGCUGGCUCUAGUCUUCAUCCUGAGUGUCACUAUGCCCUGUUUAUCUGUCUACAACAGUGGGGAGUGCUACUUCGAUACCAAAGGAAGCUGUGAGUACAUGGGCCAAGUGUAUGGAAUAGGUGAGAGUUGGAUGACUAAGGACUGUUACCAGUGUGUCUGUAUGGAUCCAUUUGGAGUGGGCUGCUGUGAUCAUGGAUCUCAACCCGUGGACUACCCUGACUGGUGUGAUGUGAUCCGCAAGCCAGACUCCUGCAACCUCAUCGCUGUGAUGAAAGCCAAUCACAAGCUGCCUUGUCUGUGGGGACGGGGUCGUCUGAGGCCAGGAGCGCGACAGCCAUGAAAAUCUGAUAGAGGCCCUUUAUUUGGAUCGGUCCAUUAUUUGCCACUCAUAAAUGGGAAGAUGAGAAAUGAUUUAAACACUGAUUGACUGAUAGUGUUUCUCACUGUUUCUAAUGAACAAAUGCAGAUAGACUGUUAUUAACACAGGCAGUGCUUGACUUGGACUGAAAUAGGUUCCGGUAAUCAUGUUGGGUGCUGGUACUGUUUAUAUUUAGGUGCAGGAGCUCCACAAUACUUUUGAGAUAAUAUUAUAUAAGAGGAACAGGAGCCCAAGCAGUAGAACAUUUGAGAUGCUGGUACUCAGCUCCAGUGAGCUCCUGCCCAAGUCAAGGCCUGAACACAGCAAAGAAUAAGAAUUACUGUAAUACAAGCCACAGUAGCUAAUGGCACAGUGACACCAAAAGAUUGAGGGAGGGGUUAUAAAGUCAGACAGUGUAUUAUUGAAUUUCCUUCAUACAUGUAUGUUACAUUAGACAUGUUUAAUC